AGCACGGGGACUUCCUGGCUCUGGACCUGGGGGGCUCCAGCUUCCGGGUGCUUCUGGUGCGAGUGCGCAGUGGAAAAGGACACAAUGUGGACAUGAAUCACAAGAUCUACAGCAUCCCACAGGAGACAAUGCAGGGCACAGGGGAAGAGUUCCAGGAAUUUGACUUGAACUUUGUGGCGGUGGUUAACGACACGGUGGGAACCAUGAUGACCUGCUGCUAUGAGGACCCCCAGUGUGAGGUGGGACUCAUUGUAGGCACAGGGACAAACUGCUGCUACAUGGAGGAAAUGCAGAACUUCGAGCGUUUGGAGGGGGAUGACGGCCGUAUGUGUGUGAACAUGGAGUGGGGAGCAUUCGGUGAAAAUGGAGAACUUGACGAUUUCUGCACCGCGUUCGAUCACUUGGUCGACGACUCCUCUAGCAAUCCUGGGAAGCAGAGGUAUUGAAUGGUUAAAUCGCCUUUUU